UAUUCUGUGCCAUUUUCUUUAAUUUAUUAUGAUUAUUCUGUUGCCUUUUUAUCGACACACUUUAAAAAAAAAAAAAAAGAAGAAGAAAAAGCUUGAAGAUGAAAUUUGGCCUUUUUCUGCAUUUGAGCUUUCUUGCAGGAACCAAGCAUCUGGUGUUGUUGUUUUCUUGUCGUCGUCCAGAUGUGAAGUGAUACGUGUUAAAUCUGGGAAUUUGAACACGCGGGGGAUUUACGUGAUGACCACAACGGUUGCCUUUUAUUCCACUUCUUUACGUGUCGACCAUGCAUUUAGCAAACAUCUCUUUAAUUGCUACGUGUUCACAGCGGCAGAGAUUGUAGAAGGUGUCGUGGGCGAGGACGGAUUGGCGCCAAACUCGAUAUGGCGCAGUCGGCGCUACGUUUUUCUCGUCGUCUCUUUGCUAAUGUUUUUAUUUGUUCUGUGUAUCGGUGUAUCACGUUGUACGGACAAGCCAAUAAAAUGUCAAAAGAAUGUCGCUUGUCGCUAUGCAGGGCUUGUUUCUCUUCGUUUUGUCGUCUUUUAUCUUUGACCCUGCAGUGACGGCGACCGUAGAAUCGAAAAGCAGUGCCACGUGUCUCUGUCCUGGCUGCUCAGUACAACAUGGCAGGAGGGACGUACGAGUCAACGAUAACGCGGACUGAAAUGACGCGCCAGAAGGGGGGGUCGAACCCUCCCAGCCUGGAACCCACGUUUUGCAGUGCAUCGGGCGGUGACGGACGGGGAGGAUCCGAGGCGGCGCCUGCUCGUCCGGCCACAAGAGUCGCUCUCUGCCCGCCUCCGCUUCACUGGCUCCGCGGUUCUCCUGCUCCUCCUCCUCCGGGCCGGGAAAGUCGGGGCGAACUCUUUGCCUUCGUUCCUGUCAGGCUCGUUGCUGCUCACCGGUUGGUAGGAGCUUCCACUCUGCUGUCCCGGUCGGCAUCGGGAGCAAGCCGAGACGCGCCCCCCCCACCUCGUCUUCGGCCCCCGCCGCUCGGUCUGGCCGGCGUCUGUCGCCCCAGCAGCAUGUCCGCCCCCGCCGGCGCGGAGGUGAAGGAGCUCAACCCGGUGGACUUCAUCCAGCUCCAGCAGUACAUUGAAUAUUGCAGCCUGAAGGUGAAAGACGUGCUGCGGGAGUUUGAUGCAGAUGGCCGCCUGGCCCGCCACAGACACGGAGAGUGCAUCGACGAGGAAGGCUUUGGUCUCUUCAUCAAGACUUACUUGGAAGUGGACGACUUCCCGGCAGAUCUGUGCCAGCGGCUCUUUCGCUCCUUCCAGAACUCGGAACCCGCCCAGCUCGACUGUGCCAAGGAAGUGUUCCUCAAGGAUGUUUCCUGUUACUUCUCCCUCCUGGAGGACGGUCAGCCACGGGACAAGUUGGAGUUCGCGUUCAAGCUCUACGACAGAGACGGCAACGGCGUCCUGGACAGCUCGGAAGUGGACAGAAUCAUCGCUCAGAUGAUGCACGCCGCCGAGUACCUGGGAUGGGACGUGUCCGAGCUCAGGCCGGUCCUGAAGGACAUGAUGAAGGCCAUCGAUGCUGACAGCAGCGAUACGGUGUCUCUGGAGGAGUGGGUGGAGGGGGGCAUGACCAACGUCCCCCUGCUGGUCCUCCUGGGCUUGAAGAUGACCCAGACGGACGGUCAGCACUUGUGGAGGAUGAAGCACUUCAACAAGCCGGCCUACUGCAACGUGUGCCACAGCAUGCUGCUGGGCCUCCGGAAGCAAGGCCUGUGCUGCACCUGCUGCAAGUACACCGUCCACGGCCGCUGCGCCAACAGGAACCCGGCCCCUUGCGCCAGGACCUACGUCAAGUCCAAGAAAGAGACAGGGGUUCCGGCCCACGACUGGGUGAGCGGCAACUGCGACUCCAGGAAGUGCGACAAAUGCCAGAAGAAGAUCAAGAGCUUCCAAGGCCUGACGGGCAAACACUGCGUGUGGUGCCACGCCAUGCGUCACGACGCCUGCGCCGUGCAGGAGCCCAGCGAGUGCACGUGCGGCCCGCUACGAGACCACAUCCUGCCUCCCUGGGCCGUCUAUCCCGUCAUCAAGGAAAGGACGGCCAACAAUGGCUGCUGCGCUCAGACGGACGACGCUGAGCUCAACACAACUCCCGACGGACAAAUCCUUCAGAUUAGCCCUGUGCCAAACACACACCCUCUUCUGGUCUUUGUCAACCCCAAAAGUGGAGGCAAGCAGGGGGAAAGGGUCCUGCGUAAAUUUCAGUAUUUGCUGAACCCUCGCCAGGUGUACAACCUGUCCAAUGGCGGCCCGGCGGCAGGCCUGAGCUUCUUCAAGGACCUUCAGGACUACAGGAUCCUGGUGUGCGGCGGAGACGGCACAGUGGGUUGGAUCCUGGACGCCAUCGACAAAGCCAACCUGCUGGUGAGGCCGCCCGUCGCCGUACUUCCUCUGGGCACAGGAAAUGACCUGGCUCGAUGUCUGCGGUGGGGAGGAGGGUACGACGGGGAGGACCUGAGUCGCAUCCUCAAGGACAUCGAGGGCAGCUCGGAGGUUCCGAUGGACCGCUGGAGCGUGCGCGUCGUCACCGACGAGGGCCAAGAGGAGGGCGACCCCGUGCCGUACGAAAUCAUCAACAACUACUUCUCCAUCGGCGUGGACGCAUCCAUCGCUCACCGCUUCCACACUAUGAGGGAGAAACACCCACAGAAGUUUAACAGCAGGAUGAAGAACAAGCUGUGGUAUUUCGAGUUCGCCACCUCGGAGACCAUCUCGGCUUCCUGCAAGAAGCUCGGCGAGAGUCUCAGCAUGGAGUGCUGCGGGACGCCUUUGGACUUGGGCGGCUUGUCUCUGGAGGGCGUGGCCGUCCUCAACAUUCCCAGCAUGCACGGCGGCUCCAACCUGUGGGGUGACACCAAAAAGGGGGACGCCAAGGGACCGAGCGCUACCGACGAGCCCGACGUCAUCGUGGACCCCGAGAUCCUCAAAGUGACCGGACAAGACCUCAGCGACCGCAGGCUGGAGGUGGUGGGCCUGGAGGGCGCCAUGGAGAUGGGCCAGAUCUACACGGGCCUGAAGAGCGCCGUCAGGCUGGCCAAGACCUCGCAGCUCACCAUCAGGACCAAGAAAGCCUUGCCCAUGCAGAUCGAUGGAGAGCCGUGGAUGCAGCCGCCAUGCACGAUCUACAUCACACACAAGAACCAAGCUAGCAUGUUGAUGGCUCCUCAGGCUAAAUCCUCCGGCUUCUUCAACUACAAAUAAAGGCAGACGCUAGCUAGCAUUAGCUCAGGGUACCAUACGGUGGUAUUUGUUAGUAUUCUUACAAAAUACUUAAAAACUGAAAUCCUAGGCUCAAUUUAGGCAUUUUUGUUUGGAAUCAAAAAGGAAAAUAAGAUGCCGUAAUUCAAAAUGAAUGUAUCGCCCCUUUAUUAGCAUAUAAAAACACUACUAUAAGACAGUACCAUGUGACUUCUCCCAGCCAAUCACAGAGGGGGAUGUGGUUAGCAGAAUGAAAAUGGAAGAAAAUCAUACUGAUAUAAUUUUUAAAAAUGUAAUGAUAAUUGUGUAAAAAUACCAAAAAAUGUGUGCUUAAAUUUUGAAAUUUUACUAAUUUUCCCCUAAUUUCUAUUUCUAAGUUUUUAUACGUUUUUAUCAGAAUACAAAUGUUACUAGAGUUGCCAGACUACUAGCCGAGAGCACCACAGGAUUGUUAGUAUUCUCCUGGUAUAAAAACUAAAACUUUUUUUGGAAACCAGAAAUUAAAACAACAACAAAUGAUUAUCUAAUUGAAAAUAUGUGAAAAUCAUACUGUUAGAAUGUUUUUAUAAAUGCAAUAAUUUUCCCUUUUUUCACCAUGAUUUUUAUGAUAUUUAAUAUUAGCAUUAAAGUAAAACUAAAACAAAAAGAUUAUGCAUUUCUAUAUAAAAUCAGAAAUGAAAAGAAUGGAAAUAAAAUGCCAUAUUUCACAAUGAAUGUAUCACCCUUUAUAGUCCAAUCAAACAGUACCAUGUGACUUCUCCCAGCCAAUCACACAGGGUUAGCAGCAUAGAAAUCGAAGAAAGUUUAAAAAAAAAAAAAAGAUAAUUAUAAGAAUUGUACAAUUUUUUUCUCUAAUUUUUAUUAUAUUAAAAAAUAGUCAGAAGACAAAUACUGCUAUGGUUGCUGUACUACUAGCUAAGGGCACCAUAUAUAAUUGUUAGUAUAUAAAACAACAGAUGCCUACAUUGUUUUUUUUUUUAAUAUAACAAUAAUUGCUUAAAAAUACACAAAAAUGUGGGCUUAAAGUUAGGAAUUUUAAUAAUGUUUUUCUAUAUUUUGAUUAUAUCUAAAAGCAUUUUGUCAGAAUACAAAUAAUGCUAUGGUUGCCCCCCACUGUCUCCAUUAUUGUACAUAGACCAGGUUUUCUAAAUAUAUGACGUCAUGCUACAGAAAAAUGGAAAAUGUUAAAAAUAAAAGAUGAGAAAAAUAACAUUUAUUCAAUACAAUCCUCCAAUGCUGCUGUGUAGGAUUUAGUGUGCUUGAGAAAAAGGUUCGCCGCUGCCUUUUCGAUUGCUUUUGUCUGGCUCGAGUCGACACACUGGGAGUGGUGCACACGUGCACUUUGCUAACAUGUCGUAUGUUGUUGUGUAGUUGUUCUUGUGGCUAAUAAAUCAUAACAUAAAUAAGAAUAAGAUGUUUGCAGAGGACCAGGAGCUGAGUGUUUGGUCUGUAAUUGUGUGUUUGUGUUGAGGAUGGAUGGAUUGUGUGUCAAUAAGGCAACGAUGUUGUCAUUUGUAAAGAAGUUUACGAAGAAAAGGAGAAACGAUGUGAGGAUAUUUGAAUAGAUAAUAUCAUAUUUAGAUUAUAUUUUGCUCAUGUGACUGCCCCGAGUAAGCCAAUGUGCAACUGUACUUAAUAAAAACCACAAAUUG